AUGGCAAUGAAGCUGUGUGUGUUUCAGGUGGGUCAGGAUCUGAUGCGUCCGUUUGGCAUGGACGAUGACGAUUUCGAGUUGGAUUACAUCUUCGAGCGCAACGUUGCCACAUCUUUUGCGAUCGUCGACCGGCUCCAGAUGGCCGAUUACAUGCCACUGGAGGACGAUCAAUUCUGGAAACUGGACGGGCCAGGCCUAAUAACAAUGCCACGAACGGGCCUUUCCGGUCAGUGCAAGCAGCACAGGCCUAUCCGGCACGUACCCUCAUAUAGGCCCAAUGAACAUCACGAACUUGAGGAAGGCCGAACACGAUGCAAUGCCUUGAAGAAACGCUGGCACGGAUACGAGUAA